AAGCGACCAGGUAGCUCAGGUACGGCUGUAUCCCUCUUGAUGUAGGAUGUGCCUCCAUCGCCGGAGUCACACUGCUACGCUAUGCCAGUGCAAACUUCUAACCCGCAUAAAUUUCUUCUUUUACUGCUUCUCCGUCAGAUUACUUACAUUUGCAUUGUUGUCCUAUUAAGGAAAAUCAGCUCAAGUACAAUUUUCUCCGAAAACAAGAAAAACCAACAAAUGUGUUAAAUUGUAGUGCUGAACCCAUUGGUUUAUUAGUCUGUUUCUAAAUGUUUACUUGUUCUGCUGCUUUUCCUUUGCUAUUCUGCCCAAAAUAAUUGCCUUUCUAGCUUAACGCCUGUCAGUUUGUCAGAUCCAUGACUUUUAUCUAUGUAUCUUGUGAACAGGCAAACGUUUUGUAUCUUGGUUGAGUUCGCAAGCUAGUGAGGGUACCUUGGAAUGUUGUUGGCGAUGGAUGGUAGUAAUACUAAUGCUAGCAAUAGAAAAGUUGAAGCCGAUAGAGAGGGAGAGAACAGCACAAAGAAGCUGAAGGUCACCAUGGGGGUGGAGACCCUUGACUGCCCCAUCUGCUUUGAGCCCCUCAGGCCUCCAAUACUCCAGUGUUUUGUGGGGCAUUUUAUAUGCUCGUCUUGCUGUGCGAAGGUGGACAAGAAAUGUCCCGUGUGCUCUAUCGAAACUUCCUUCAAUCGCUGCUUUGGGAUGGAACAUGUCGUUCAAGAAGCCAAAGUUGCUUGCUCCAAUGACAAGUAUGGAUGUGCAGAGAAGGUCACCUACUACAAGAAAGAAGAACACAAGAAGGCAUGCCCGUAUGUCCCAUGCUUCUGCCCACAGUCUGGUUGUGGCUUCGCUGGGUCAACAAAGGUGCUCCUGGACCAUUUCACUACCCAACACAAGUGUCCGUCAACAACUCUCCCAGACUCCGGCACGGUGUAUCUUCGCCUACAACCAGGCUUACAUGUUCUGCGAUGCACCGGCUACUUUUUCUUGCUCAGCAUGGCAUCAGAGCCUUUUGGACAUGCCAUUUCAGUCCUCUGCGUCCAACCAAUAGUUAUGGAACCCAAGUUCAAAUGUAAUAUGGAAUACGACUGCUUAACCACCGGCUCUUGUGAAAGUACAAAUUGCCUCAUAAGAAGCUCUUCACUCUCUGAUGGACUACCCGCAGUGUAUGACUUAAUAAUUCCCAAGGGAAAGAUUUCUGAUGAUGGAAACGGUAUCAUGCUCAGAGCCACCAUUCUCAGCAGAUCAUGUCUUCAAGGGAAGGGCCUGACUGCUGAUCUUCAAGGAAUGCCUUAUACUAAAAAUGCUAUUGCUGCUGCUGUUGCCCCCGCUACUGCUGCGUCUGUUGCCCCCGCUACUGCUGCUGCUGCUGCUGCCAACGCUCCUGCUGCUUCUGUUGCCCCAGCUACUGCUGCCCCUGUUGCCCCUGCUAAUGCUGCUGCUGCUGCUGAUACGUCUCGACGAGAAGGAGAAAGAGGACGAGGAAGAAGAGGAGGCAGAGGAGGAAGAGGAGGAGCAGUAGGACGAGGACAAGGGCCAUGGUGAGGACGGGGACGAGGAUGAUGAGGAGGAAAGACCCUGUUCUGGAUACUAUGGACAUGUCUUUUUUGUCUGGUUUCACUGUUUUUGUUCCAGGAUAUACAUAUCGAGUCUCAAGAUCUCAGACUUUCUGGUAAGACUGGUUGUUUCCUUCUGUUUUGGCCAACGAAAAAAAUAGCGUGCUACAAAAUAUAGCGUGGCCCUUCUUUAAAUGCUACACAAGUUAUAACGCGCUAAUAGCGUGCUAUAUUUCAGAAUAGCGUUUGCAAAAAAAUGCCAAAUAUAUCCAGAAAUAAAGUAUUUCAGUAACUUCAGACAACAUCAUAGAGAGACAUAAUCUAGCCAUAGAUAGGAAGCAUAAAUUUUAAACUGAAUCUCAAACUUUAGUCAAUCUAUUCAACAUAUAAACUCUGAACAUUGAGCACCGAGCCUACAUCUACCAUGCAGUAACCACCAAAUAAACCUGCGUUGGCCUA